GUGUAAGUUUUUUUUUUCUUGUGCAUCAAGGUGGCGCACCCAAGCGAGUCCGAAGACAUCGAGAGGUUCUUCUCAGAAGUAGAGGAGGAAGUGGUGGGACCCUCAGCCGGGACACCGGAGGAGACGACGCCGUCGUCUUCCACAAAGAUGCUUUCCAUUUUUGAUCGGGAGAGGGAGAUGUCGGCCAUGGUCUCUGCUCUAUCCCAUGUGGUUUCUAGCGGUCACCGCACGGACGCCGGCGAGCUGGCUGGGACCGUUGGCCGGCUGGUAACCGCUCGGUCGCUUCCUUCCAGUCUUUACUCGCCGGCAAAAGCGGUGUCUGCCACGCCGUCGUCAUCUAUUAUCUCAUUUGGCGGCCGCGGGAUUAAGAGAGAGAGAGAGGAAGUGAGUUCAGAUUUGACAAGAUAUUGCAGAGGUUUCCUCGAGUUCGGGAGUUCGUCUGGUGCUGCUUCGUCCCCUGCCGCAGGUGUAAGAGCGCAGAGCUUGUCUAAGGAGGCCCAAUCCCCUGCUCCGGCUACCACGACAGCACUGACUGCAGGUGAAGUUCGCCGGAGAUAUAGAGGUGUCCGGCAACGGCCAUGGGGUAAAUGGGCGGCAGAGAUUCGGGACCCACACAAGGCGGCUCGUGUCUGGCUUGGCACCUUCGAGACGGCCGAAGCGGCCGCGAGGGCUUAUGAUGAGGCGGCGCUUCGGUUUCGAGGAAACAGAGCAAAGCUUAACUUUCCUGAAACUGUUCGUGUUCGGCAACCGGUUAAUCUUUCUCCGGCGAUCCACUUGCCGGAAUCUAGCUCUUCGGUUAGCCAUUUUGAACACCGGCCGUUGCUGAGGUUUCGAUCGUUUGAUGCUCCUAGAGAGUACAUGGAGUACACGAGGGUGUUGCAGGGAGGGGAUUAUCGAAGAAUGCAGCCAACCGCAUUAAUGGGUCAGUUUAUCUAUCCGAGCUCUUCCACGGCGUCGUCUUCUCAGUCGUCUCCAACGUUUAGUUCUCAUUCGUUGACGAGAGGUUCGGAUACCGCGUCUUCUUCGUCGGCUUCGAUGCCUCUAUUCUAUUUACCGCCGUCCGAAGCUAGACAGAGCAGUUCCCGACCACCAGAAGACAGUCCGGCUCCGCCGACGUCAGAUUCAGGCGAGCAUCCGCCUGCUUGUUCGGGAUAAAAUUAUGGAAAUAUUCAUAGGAAAUUGUAUGUU